UCAGUGACCAAACGGCGCGGCAACCGCGAGGAACAGCCUAUAGAAUCGAACUAGUGCCCUCCGAAAAGAAAACGAAAUCAAUAACAACAUUUUAACUCUUAAAAACAGCACUUUGUGCUGGAAACUAAAACACUAAAAACCCCACCUCGAAAUCAGUGAUCUAAGACAAAAAACCAUGGAGUACAAUAGUAUAUUGCGCUCCAACUUUUCGCGCAAUGAAUAUCGAAGAUAUAUAUCCUUCGAACGACAGUCGUUGGCAUCACAAUAUGAGCCGGGAGGCUACUCCGCGCUGCAAACGCCGACGCCUUCCAAUCGCAACUCCGCCAACAUGACCCAAAGGGACGGCAUCAUCAAGUUCGAGAACGAGCGGAUCAAAACGCUGCAGGAGGAGCGCUUGCACAUCCAGAAGAAGACAUUCACAAAAUGGAUGAACUCCUUUCUGAUCAAGGCCAAAAUGGAGGUCGAAGACCUAUUCACAGACCUGGCCGAUGGCAUCAAGCUGCUGAAGCUGCUGGAGAUCAUAUCGUCGGAGAAACUGGGCAAGCCGAACAGUGGACGCAUGCGCGUCCAUAAAAUCGAAAAUGUCAACAAGAGUCUGGCAUUCUUGCACACCAAGGUCCGUCUGGAGUCCAUUGGUGCUGAGGACAUUGUCGAUGGCAACCCUCGUCUCAUCCUGGGUCUCAUCUGGACCAUCAUUCUGCGGUUUCAGAUUCAGGAAAUUGAAAUCGAUGUGGAUGAAGAGAACGAGUCAAGCGAGAAGCGUUCCGCCAAAGAUGCGCUGCUUUUGUGGUGCCAGCGCAAGACGCAUGGCUAUCCGGGCGUCAAUAUCACGGACUUCACCAACUCCUGGCGCUCCGGAUUGGGCUUCAAUGCACUCAUCCACUCGCAUCGCCCCGAUCUGUUCGAGUACAGCACCAUUGUCAAUUCGAAGAACUCCAACCUGGACAAUCUUAAUCACGCCUUCGACACGGCCGCCAACGAAUUGGGCAUUCCCAGCCUGCUCGAUGCGGAGGACAUUGACUCUGCCCGACCGGAUGAGAAGUCGAUCUUGACCUAUGUGGCCUCCUACUAUCACACCUUUGCACGCAUGAAGAACGAGCAGAAGAGCGGCAAGCGCAUAGCGAAUAUUGUCGGCCAGCUGAUGGAUGCCGAUCGCAAGAAGAUGCAGUACGAGGGUCUGACCACAAACCUGCUGAGCUGGAUCCGCCAGAAGACGCUGGAGCUGGAGCAGCGCGACCUGCCCAACUCGCUGGAGGGCAUCCAGCGGGAACUGCUGGCCUUCAAGGAGUACCGCACCAUUGAGAAGCCACCCAAAUACAAGGAGCGCAGUGAGAUCGAGGCUUUGUACUUCACCAUCAACACUCUGCUGAAGGCCUUGAAUCAGCCGCCGUAUAAUCCCCAGGAUGGGCAGUUGGUCAAUGACAUCGAGAAGGCCUGGCAGAUCCUGGAGUAUGCCGAACAUCAUCGCGAGGUGGCCCUGCGGGAGGAACUGCUCCGCCAGGAGAAACUGGAGCAGCUGAACUACAAGUUCGAGAAGAAGUCUGUCCUGCGAGAGGGUUAUCUCAAGGAGAUGAUCCAAGUGCUGUCCGAUCCGCGUUACUUGCGCCAAGUGGAUGCCACGUUGAAGAAACACGAGGCCAUUUCCGCAGACAUUCUGGCUCGCGUAGAGCGUUUCAAUGACCUGACAGCCAUGGCCGAGGAGUUGGACCGGGAGAACUAUCACGGCAAGGAGCGAGUGCGUCGCCGGGAGCAGGAGGUGAUGGCCAAGUGGCGCCAGUUGCUGGAGCUGCUGGAGAACCAACGACUGAACCUCUCUCAGAUGAGCAACCUGAUGAAUCUGCUACGUGAAAUCGCCAGCACCACGGAGGCGGUGAGGGAAUUGCAGCAACAGUUCGCCUCCGAGGACGUGGGUCCACAUCUGCUGGGCGUGGAGGAACUGCUGCAGGCUCAUUCGCUGCAGGAGCUGCAGGUGAAUACCUAUGGCGAGACCCUCAAGCGGUUCAAUCGCCAGGCCCUGCCCUACAAGAGUUCGGAGCACAAGGAUGCGGCCUUGCUGGCCCAACGUCUGGCCGAUUUGGAGGAGGCCUACUCCGAACUGCUGCGUCGUUCGGCGGCGCGAAGAGCUCGCCUGGAGGAGGCCCGGAAUUUCCAUCACUUCAUGGAGGACUACGACAACGAGGAAUCCUGGUUGGUGGACAAGCAGCGCAUCUGCAAAACGGGCAUCACUGCCAAGGAUUUGCGGGCUGUGCUCUCGCUACAGCAAAAACACAAAGCUCUGGAGGAUGAGAUCAAGUCGAGGAAGCCCAAAUCCGGUCAAAUGUCCGAUGCGGGCAAGCGGUUGAUAGGCGAGGAGCAUCCCCGCUCCUCGGAGAUCCAAAGCAGGAUUGAUUCUCUAGCGGAACAUUGGCAAGCUUUGGAAGCUCUAGUGGAGCUGCGACGUCGCCAGUUGGAGGAUGCCGCCGAGGCCUAUCAGUUCUACACGGAUGCAAAUGAAGCCGAGUCCUGGCUGAACGAGAAAAUGGCCUUGGUCAACUCGCGGGACUAUGGCAACGAUGAGCCCUCGGCUCAGGCUCUGCUCCAGCGACAUCGCGAUCUGCAGGGUGAACUGAAUGCCUAUUCCGGGGACAUCCUUAAUCUUAACCAGCAGGCUGAUAAGCUAAUCAAGGCAGGAAUUUGCACACUGGAGCUAUCUGCUGUGGAGCCCGAACUGCCAGAGGUUGAGCAGGAGGAGUGGGUCAACGAAACGCGUCUGGUGCCCAAGGAGGUGUGGGAGGAUGAGUGGGUGGAGAAGCUGGAGCACAAGAAGGUCACUGAGACCAAGCUGCUGCCCCAUGUGAAAUCCCUGUUUCCAUUCGAGGGUCAAGGCAUGAAGAUGGACAAGGGCGAGGUGAUGCUGCUCAAGUCCAAGACCAACGAUGACUGGUGGUGUGUGCGCAAGGAUAAUGGAGUGGAGGGUUUUGUGCCAGCCAAUUAUGUGCGAGAGGUGGAACCCCGACCGGUGGCCUGCAUUGUGCCCAAAGCGGAGAAGGUCAAGUCCCUGCAAAAGGUUAAGAAAACGAUCUUGGUACGUCAAGUGGUGCCCGUGAAGCGGAUUAAACCAGUGAGUGUGGCACCCAAACCUCUUGUGCAAAGAAGAACCUCCACGCAGAGCAUCAAUGAGAAUGCCGACAGCGUGGAGAAGCGCCAGCAGAGGAUCAAUCAGACCUACGAUGAGCUGCAGGAGAUGGCCCAGAAACGCCAUGCCCUGCUCGAGGAUUCCAUUCACCUGUUCGGCUUCUAUCGCGAGUGCGACGACUUCGAGAAGUGGAUGAAGGAGAAGGAGCGCAUGAUCAAGUCGGACGAGGGCGAGGGCGUGGACAAUGCCAAGCGCAAGUUCGAGAAGUUCAUCACCGACCUGUCGGCUGCCUCGAAGCGGGUGGAGGAGAUCGAUGGCGCGGUGGACACCUUCCGCCGACAGGGUCACUCGCAGCUGGACAAGAUCAUUGCCCGCCAGCGACAGAUCCAUCAGAUUUGGCAGCGCCUCAACAAUGCCAAGGCUCAGCGGGAAAAGAGCUUGGAGGGUGCCUCCAGUGUGGAGCUAUUCAAUCGAACCUGCGAUGAAGCCAAGGUUUGGAUGAGUGAGAAGAUGCUGCAGCUGGACACGGCUGUCAUUACACCCGAUCUACGGACAGUUCAAGCCUUGCAGCGGAGGCACCAGAAUUUGGAGCGAGAAUUGGCCCCAGUGGAGGACAAAGUCAAUAGGGUAACCUACCUGGGUAACUCGGUGAAGAAUGCCUAUCCGGCGGAGAAGGACAAUGUGAAUGCGCGCCAACAGGAGGUCCAGGACAUGUGGCAACAGGUCCAACAGCGUGGCUCUGAUCUGCGCAACCGCAUCGAAAGCGAGGUGGGCCAGCAGAUCUUCAACAACAGUGCCAAGGUUCUACUCGCCUGGAUCGACUCCGUCAAGGAUCAACUGAAUGCCGAUGAAUCGGCUCGAGAUGUGGAGACGGCCAACAAUCUGCUGAAGAAACACAACGAUCUGGGCGAUGAUAUCCGCGCCCAUGACACCGAAUUCGUGGAGGUCAUCCAGCUGGGCAAGCAGUUGUCCGACGGCAAACCCCACAUGGCCGAAACGGUGGCCGUGAUUGAGCGUUUGAAGGCUGAACAGGAUGCCAUCCACCGCGGCUGGGCCGAGAAGCAAAAGUGGCUGCUGCAGUGCGUCGAGCUGCAGAUGUUCAACCGGGAGGCGGACAAGAUCGAUGCCACGACCAAGAGCCACGAGGCCUUCCUGGAGUACAACAACCUGGGGUCUUCUCUGGAUGAAGUGGAGGCCAUUCUGAAGCGUCACCUGGACUUUGAGAAGAGCCUGAUGGCUCAGGACAAGAUCCUCAAGGGUUUCUCGGACAAUGCAGACAAGCUGAUUGCUAACGAUCAUUACGAUUCUAAAUACAUCGGAGAUCGUCGUGGUCAGGUUUUGGGCAAGCGCAAGGCUGUCAGGGAUCGCGCCUUCGAGAGGAAACGUCUGCUGCAGGCCUCCAAGGACUUCCACAAGUUCGCCGCCGAGGCUGAUGACCUGAAAGUGUGGCUGCAGGACAAGACGAGGAUUGCAGGCGAUGAGAACUACCGGGAUCUGAGUAAUCUGCCACGCAAACUCCAAAAACACCAGGCCUUCGAGCGGGAGCUGCGCGCCAAUGAGGGUCAGCUGAGGAAUGUGACCAAGGAUGGACAGGCCCUGGUCCAGGCCGGAAAUCGAGUGCCCGAGGUGGAGUCCCGGGUGGCCGAUCUGAACAAGCGCUGGAAGGAUCUGCUCACCCUCUCCGAGGACAAGGGCCGCAAGCUGGAGCAGGCCGCAUCCCAGCGGGAGCACAAUCGUGCCUUGGAGGAUGCCAAAAAGAAGGUGGACGAACUGGACACGGCCCUGCGAAGUGGCGAUGUGGGCAAUGAUCUGCGCAGUUGCAAGGAUCUGAUCAACAAGCAGCAAAUCCUCGAAUCGGAGAUCACCAUUUGGGAUCAGAAGGUGGCGGAACUGGUGUCCACUGGCGAUGACAUGGCCCACGAGGGUCACUUCAAUGCCAGGAAUAUCGAGGCGGGCACCAAGGAGCUGCAGCAGAGAUUCAAGGAUCUCAGGGAUCCCACCCAACGCAGGAGAGCCAAGUUGGAGGAGAGCCUGAACUAUCACAAAUUUGUGUUCGAACUCGAUUCGGAGUUCCAAUGGAUCAACGAUCACCUGCCGGCAGCCAAGUCCAAUGAGCUCGGCCAGAAUCUGCAUCAGGCUCAGUCGCUGCACAAGAAGCACAAGAAAUUGGAGGCUGAGGUCAAGGGUCACCAGCCGGUGAUCAACAAGGCCUUGCUGGCAGGACAAUCGCUGAUAUCCCAGCAGCAUCCCGAGCGCGAACAGGUGGAGAAUCUUUGCCAGCAGCUGGAGCAGGCCUGGCAGGACCUGGAACGGCAUUGCGCGGAGAGAUCCAGGAAGCUGGACAUGUCCCUGAAGGCCCAACAGUAUCUGUUCGAUGCCGGCGAGAUCGAGUCCUGGCUGGGUGAGCGCAACAAUGCCCUGCGAUCCACGGAAUAUGGCCGUGAUCGCGACUCCGCGGCCAAGUUGCUCACCAAGCACAAGACCAUCGAGCUGGAGCUGGACACUUACUCGGGCAUCGUGACCGAAAUGGGUCACAGUUGUGCCGCCAUGGUGGCCGCCAAUCAUCCGGACAGCAAAGUUCUGGCCGCCAAGCAGCAGUUGAUUGAGAAAAUGCUUAAAUCCCUGCAUAAGUUGGCCUCCCAACGGCAGGGUCGCCUCAUGGAGAGCCUCUACAAGCACGAAUACUUCCUCGAGUCCGACGAGGUGGAGCAAUGGAUCCGGGAGCAGGAGCAGGCCGCCUCGUCGGAGGACUACGGCCAGGACUUUGAGCAUCUGCAGCUGCUGCAGAACAAGUUCGACGAUCUGAAGCACCGCGUCGAGGUCGGAGCCGAUCGAGUGGAUCAGUGCGAGCUGCUGGCCAAGAAGCUCAUCGAUUCGGAGAGUCCCUAUGCCAACGAGGUGGAGAAGCGACAGGAACAACUGAGAACUUCCUGGGAGAACCUGCUGCAACUGCUUAACCAGCGGGAGCAGAAGCUCCAUGCCGCCGGCGAGAUUCACCGCUUCCAUCGGGACGUGGCCGAGGCACUGUUCCGCAUUCAGGACAAGAAUGCUGCCCUCUCCCAGGAGCUGGGCAAGGAUUUGAACUCCGCCUUGGCGCUGCUCCGCAAGCACGAGGGCUUCGAGAACGAUCUGGUGGCGCUGGAGGCCCAACUGCAGGUGCUGGUGGAGGAUUCGGUGCGCCUGCAGGCCAAGUAUCCAUCGAAUGCCACGGCCAUUGCCCAGCAACAGGACAAGGUGGUGGCCGCCUGGAAUGACCUCAAGGAACGAUCGACGGCCCGUGGCGACCGCUUGGCUGCCAGCUCCGAUCUGCAGACCUUCUUGACCGACGUCAGGGAUAUAGUUUCGUGGUCGGCCAACCUGCGUGCCGCCCUCCAGGCGGAGGAGCAUGUGAGCGAUGCCGCCGGAGCCACUGCCCUGAAGAUCCAGCACGAUGCCAUCUAUGGGGAGAUCGAGGCCCGGGAGGACAAGUUCCGGUAUCUCAACGAACUGAGUGAUUCCAUGGUCCAAACGGGACACUAUGCUGCGGCGGAUGUGGAGGAGAAGUGCGCUGCCAUGUUGGAUGAGCGCCAGAAACUGCAUGCCGCCUGGAAUAAGAAGAAAAUCAUGCUGGAGCAGAAGAUUGAUUUGUUCUGUUUCCUGCGCGAUGCCAAGCAGAUUGAUAACCUCUCCAGUUCGCAGCAGGCGGCCUUGAGUAGCUCUGACUUUGGCCAGACUGUGGAGGAUGUGCAGAAUCAGAUCAGGAAACACGAUGAGUUCGAGCGACUUAUACAAACGCAAGAGGAGAAGGUGGCUUUGCUGCAGGAACAUGGCCGCAAGCUCAUCGAGCAGCGUCACUACGACAGUGCCAAUAUCCAGACCAUUCUCCAGGGAGUCCUGGGCCGUCGCCAAAAGGUCAAGGAUCUGUGUGCCGUGCGUCGCUACAAACUGGAAGAUGCCUUACUGUAUGCCAAAUUCGUUAGAGAUUGCGCUGAAGCGGAGUCCUGGAUCAAUGAGAAGCAAAAGAAGCUGGAGGCCGAUGCGGCCAGCUAUGCCGAGGUCACAAAUCUCGACGAGAAGAUCAAGAAGCUGCAGAAGCAUCAGGCCUUCCAGGCCGAAGUGGCUGCCAAUCAGGGCAGGAUCCAGGAGAUCCAGGACACGGGAGUGAUUCUGCUAAGCAAACAGCACGAAUCCUCGCCGGAAAUCAAGCUGGCCAUUGAGCGAGUACUGCAGGCCUGGCAGGGAUUGCUGGCCGAGCUGGAGCAGCGUGGCCGAGGGUUGGAAGAGGCCCAGGAUAGUCUGGAGUUCAACAGCCAGCUGGACAAGAUCGAGGCCUGGAUCCGCGACAAGGAGAUGAUGGUGCAGGCCAGCGACACGGGUCGCGAUCUGGAGCACUGCAAUGCCCUGAUGCGGAAACUGGACGACGUGGACUCGGACAUGCGAGUGGACGACCAGCGGGUGAAGCACAUCAAUCAGCUGGCCGACAAGCUCAUCAACCAGGCCCAAGUGCCGGCGGAUACCCAGAGUGUGGACAAGAGGCGCAAGGACUUCAACUACAAUUGGCGACAGCUCCAGGGAGCCCUCAAUGCCUAUAGAGCGUUGCUGGGAGGCGCCAAUGAGAUCCAUGUCUUCAAUCGCGAUGUGGACGACACGGCGGAGAGAAUUGCCGAGAAAUCGCUGGCCAUGAGCUCCACCGACACGGGCAGAGAUCUGGCUGCCGUGGAGGCACUUAUCCGCCGGGAGGAGGCCCUCGAACGAGACAUGUCUGCCGUUAAGCUCAAGAUCGAUCAGCACGAGACUGCUGCUGACUUCCUGAUCAAGAAGUAUCCCGAACGUGGGGCCCAGCACAUUGAGAGGAAGCUAGAGGAACUGCACAAAUCCUGGGGCAAUCUGCAGGCCUUGUCGGUGAAGCGACAGAGCAUCCUCAACGAAGCCUAUUUGGCACACAAGUUUGUGUCGGAUGUCAAGGAACUGGAACUCUGGGUCAACGACAUGAUCAAGAAGAUGAACAAUACCCAGGCUCCCUCGACUAUCAAUGAUUGUGAGACCCAAUUGGAGUUGCAUCAGGAACGUAAGGUCGAGAUUGAAGGCAGGGAAGAGGCUUUUGCUGGUUUGAAACAACAAGGUGAUCAGUUGACCAACAGACCGCAACAACAGCAGCCGGAGAAUGUGAAACGAUAUCUGCUGGUGCUGGAGGAACUGCAUCAAACCCUAAACGAUGCCUGGAGCGAAAGAGCCAGGGAUUUGACAGAGGCCCAUCAACUGCAGCUUUUCAAGGCCCAAGUGGAGCAGGUGGAGAUUUGGCUGGCCAACAAGGAGGCCUUCCUCAACAACGACGAUCUGGGUGACUCCUAUACGGCCGUGGAAAGACUGCUGAAGAAGCACGAUGCCUUCGAGCAGCUACUCCAUGCCGAUCAUGUGGACACGCUGCAGAAGUUUGCCAAUAGCAUACUGGAGGGUGAGCCCAAGGAUGCGGAUUUGAUACGUGAAAAACUGGCCUACAUACUGAGGAGGAAACAGAAACUACUGGAAUUGUCAGAGGAGAGAAAACAGAGGCUCAUCCAAUCGCUGCAAUUGCAGGAGUUCCUGCGCAGUCUGUACGAGAUCGAUCGCUGGCUGGUGCAGAAGCUGCAGGUGGCCCUGGAUGAGAACUACCGGGAGCCGAGUAAUCUGCAGAGCAAGAUACAGAAGCAUGCUGCCUUCGAUGCCGAGCUAUUGGGUAACUCACAACGCGUGCAGUCGGUCAUACACGAGGGCGAACGCCUCAUUCGAGGUGAGCACUUUGCCAGGGAUGAGAUUGCCCAGCAGGUGCAGUUGCUCGAGGGCGACUGGCUGAAGCUGAAGGGAGCCUCGCAGACCAAAAAGGACAAACUGCAGCAGGCCUACGAUGCCUUGGCCUUCAGCCGGAGUGUGGAUGAGUUCAACAACUGGAUGGAUGAGGUGGAACUGCAGUUGAGUAGCGAGGAUUACGGCAAGGAUCUGGCUGCCGUGAGUAAUCUCCUGAAAAAACACGAACGUCUGGAGGCGGAUGUGGCCCACCAUGGCGAGCUGGCUGAGCAACUCAAGCUGAAGGAUGAGCAGUUCUUCCAAGCGGAUCACUUCCUGCGCCACGAAAUCCACGAGAGAGCCACUGUCAGCAUACGCAGAUACAACACGCUGCACGAACCCUUGGGCAUACGCCGCGAGAACCUGGAGGAUUCGCUCAGCCUGCAGCAGUUCCUGCGCGAUGCCGAGGAUGAGCUGCAAUGGCUGGCGGAGAAGCAACUGGUGGCGGGUUCCCAGGAUCUGGGCACGAGUCUGCUGUCGGUGCAGGGUCUGCAAAAGAAGCAUAACUCCUUGGAGGCGGAGCUGACCUCACAGGAACCCUUGAUACAGGCACUCCUCCAAAGGGGUCAGCAAAUGAUCCGCGACAAUCACUUUGCCAGCGAACAGUUGCAAUACAAGUCGGAGUUACUCCAGAAACAACUGGUUCAACUAAGAGAUUUGGCUGCCAUUAGACGCCUUCGCCUCCUGGAUGCCGUCGAGAGUCAGCUCUUCUAUGUGGAGGCCAACGAGGCGGAUGCCUGGAUGCGCGAAAAGCGACCAGUCUUGGCCAGCAGUGACUACGGUCGCGAUGAGGUCUCCGUUCAGGGUCACCAAAAGAAACUGGAGGUCCUGCAAAGGGAGCUCACUGCCUUCAAGCCAUCCAUCGAAAAGGUGGCCAAACUGGCCACUGGCCUGAUCGAACGCAAUCACUUCGAUAGCUCCAAGAUCGGGGAGAAGAACGGGCAGGUGGGUCAGCAGUACGAGGAUCUGCUGCGUUUGUCCAAGGAGCGCGAGCUGAGAUUGGGCGAGUGCAAGAAGCUGUUUGAAUACCUGCGUGAGACAGAGGAACUGCAUGAGUGGGUGGGCGAUCAGAUGACCGUCACCGCCAGCGAGGAUUACGGUGAGGAUGUGGAGCACGUGGAGCAGCUCAUACUGGCCUUUGAGUCCUUCGUGUCCAACCUGAAUGCCAACGAGGCCAGGGUGGAGGCCUGUCUGGAACGUGGUGAUCGUCUCAUCCAGGAGAACAAUCCCUAUCGCAGUUCGAUUAAAUCCAAACGUGAUGAAACCAAGCAGCUUUGGGAGGAGCUCAAGGAUCUGGUGCAUGCUCGGCAGGAUGCCCUGGCUGGAGCCAAACAGGUGCAUGUCUACGACCGGGUGGCGGAUGAAACCAUUCAGCUGAUCAACGAGAAGGAUGCCUCUUUGAUCUCCGAGGAUUACGGUCAGGAUUUGGAGAGCAUUCAGGCCUUGGGCAGAAAACAUCAGGUGUUUGAAUCCGAGCUAGUGGGCAUCCAGGGUCAAGUGGACUCUGUCCUGGCUGAAGCUGUUAAGCUGGGCGAAAUCUAUCCCGAUGCCAAGGAACACAUUGAGGUCAAACGUGAUGAAACGGUGGAGGCUUGGACGGAUUUGAAGGAGAAAACUGGAGCCAGGAAGAACAAACUCAUCCAGGCGGAGCAGCUGCAAUCCUACUUCGAUGAGUACCGCGAUCUGAUUGCCUGGAUCAACGAGAUGCUGGCCAAGAUCACGGCACCCGAAUUGGCCACCAGUGUGGCGGGAGCUGAGCUUCUACUAGCCAGCACCAAGGAUCAUGACACUGAGAUACGUGCCCGUGAUGAAACCUUUGCCAAAUUUGCAGCCAACGGGCAGCAGUUGAUCAAGGAGAAGCAUUUCCUGGCCCACGAAGUGGAGGACAAGAUCAAGGUGUUGCAGGCACGUCAUGAACUCCUCAAGCACACACUACGCAAACGUCGUGAGAUCUACGAACUCAAUCUGGACACGCAACUCUUCCUCAAGGAUGCCGAGAUACUAGAGCAAUGGAUCAGUAGUCGUGAGCCACAGCUCAAGGAUGCCAAACUAGGUGACUCCAUACCCCAAGUGGAGGAUCUCCUCCGACGGCAUGAGGACUUUGAAAAGACAGUGGCCGCCCAGGAGGAGAAGUUCCAGGCCAUUAAGCGGAUAACGCUGCUGGAGCAGCUCUUCCGCCAUCAGCUGGAGCAGGAGAAGAUCAGCAAGCUGCAGGAAAAGGAGCGUCUGGAGAAGGAGCGACUGGAGCAGCUGAAGCAGCGGGAACUGCAGCGUUUGGCGGACGAGCGAAGGAGAGCGGAGAAGCAGCACGAGCAUCGCCAGAAUGCUGCCUCCCAGGAGAAGACGCCCAUCUUCUCUUCGCCCAUGGUCACGCCGGCCCAAACCAGUGGCCCACAAUCGCCGGUUCCCGCCCAACUGAGGCCACCAUUCGGAGACGAAAACGAGCAUUUGGCCCUGCAAAAGUCGAGCUCAAGCGGCAUGUUUGGCGAUCGAUUGCGUCGCGGCUCGGCCGAUGCCAAUGUCAAGCGGGCGGAGAGCAUGAAGGUGCAGCCCAAGCAGGCCAAGCGUACGCCGUCCUUUACCACGAGGAGACGGGCUCAGUCAUUCCGGAAAAACCAGAAGGGCGAGGGAUUCGAUCUGCCGCCCGUUGAGAUUCAGGGCAGUCUGGAGCGCAAGCAUGGCCUGCAAUCCGGCGGCAAGAAGGCACCCGUGCGAUCCUGGAAGCAAUUCCACACCGUGCUCUGUGGCCAGCUGGUGUGCUUCUUCAAGGACGAGAACGAUUUCCUGCAACAGAAGACGGCCACUGCCCCCGUGAAUAUCCUGGGCGCCAAGUGCGAACGGGCCGAGGAUUACACCAAGAAGAAGUACGUCUUCCGGCUCAGACUGCCCGACGGCUCGGAGUUCCUCUUCGAGGCUCCCUCGCUGGACAUCUUGAAUGACUGGGUGCGCAAGAUAUCCUUCCACGCCAGUCUGCCGCCCAACAUGCAGCUCCUGAGCUACGAUGAAUCCAUGAAGCAACAGUCGAGCAGUUCCCCGGACAUCAAGGUGACCAGCAGCGUGGAGUCGCCAGUCAGCUCCCGCAACUCCUCGCCCGAUUCCCAGCGUCGCACCAGUGGUGGCCAGAUCCUGGAUGGCACGGCCACGCCCCAAAUGGCCUUCCUGCAGCGGCAGAUGCAACAACAGCAGCAGCAACAGCAGCAGCAGCAGCAGUCCCAGCCCAGUUCCCCCAGUUCACCCACCGCCGGAUUCGACCAGAAGCCACCAAUCCCGCCCAGAGGAGCGCCUCCGGUGGCCAGCCAUCGCCAGAGCCAGGAGAAUCUAGUAGUGAUGCGCAAUCGCCAAAGUUCCACUGACCUGCAACAAUCCGCCACUUUGCCCGCCGGUUUGACUGGAGUCCAGCAGAAUGGGAGCAGCAAGGAUGACAGCGCGGUGCUGACACGCAACAGCGAGGCCAGACAAUCGGAAAAUCCGCCGCCAUUGCCAACGACGAUGCCACCAGUGGGUGGCCAGCAUCAUCAGCAUCCCCAGCAUUCCUCCCAUUCCCAUCAGAAUACGACUCCGAAUCAGGCGCAAGUGCAGCAGCGGAUAAAUGCCUUCAAUGCGGCGGCAAGUCAGCAAAAUCAGCCGGACUACUAUAACAACAAUGCAGCGAGGCAGCAGCAGCAGCAACAACAGCAGAGGAUUCCCUCUGGCAGGAUCGACUCCACGAGGAAGUUCAUCGAGAUGGAGGCACAGAACAACAAUGGAGGUGGCAGCCCCAAGAGGAGCACCAUCAACUAUUCCAGCAGUGGGGCCAGCAGCAAUGGCAAUGGUAAUGUGAAGCUAGGAAGCGGGACUACUACGAUCACCACCUCAACCACCUCGACCACCUCAACCACCACCCAUCACCACCAUCAAGUGACCUCCAGCAGUCGCACGGUGUGGCAUCUAACCUCAUCAUCGCCCACCUCAUCGACCAAAUCAUCAUCAACUGGUGGCUCUGGGGCCGGGGAGCCCACUCAUGCCAUCAGUAAUCCAAGCUACAUGGGUCUGCAUCUCAAUAACAAUAACGAUUCAAUCGGAAUUGGACUCGGUGGCUGGGGAAAUACCCGUUUUGAGAGCAACCGACCCGUGUCCCUGCAGCCCGACUCCAUUAGCUUUUCGCGCGUUUCGGCGGAGAGUUCCAGCGAAAGCGAGGCCCAGUCCAUAUCCUCCGUGUCCGGGGUGAAGGGCAGCAGCAAGGGAUCCAAGGAGGAGCGCCGUAGCGGCAUGUUCCGCAUCUUUGGACGCAAGGGCGACAAGGAGAAGGAGAAGGACAAGCGCCGGUCGAGUCAAGUCCCGCCACAGUGAAAACAUAUCGCAACUUCUGGACAAUUGAAAGGAGCAUUGUUUUUGUAUUUUUUAUAUACACCUUAAUUAUUUAAUUUGUAUCCGCCCAGGGCAAACAAAUAAAAAAAAUAAAAACAAACCACUUAACGAAACAAGAAACGAAACGCAAAAGUUGAAAAAUUAAACGUGUCUACUUAAAGCUAAAGCGAUAAAUGAAAGUAUAAAAGAAAUAUUAUAUAUAUAUAAAGUCAAUGUUUUAAUUGCAUUAUAAAAUGUAUCUGUAAGUUUGUUCGUUGUAUGAUUAAAUUUAAUUUUCGUAAAACAAAAAACCUUAAACAAUAAAAACUAUACAUAUUGUGAAAACAAAA